AAAAUAGAUGUAUAAAAACGAGUAGAGAUAUUUUGCAGCGUGCAAAUUAAUAUUUUCAGUUACAAUUGAGCUUAAUGUAUGUUAGAAGCUUAACAGUUAAAAUGAGUAAUCCAAAAAAAAAUCCCCAAAUUAGGGUGUUUUGCUCGCAAGUUAAUACAAUGCGUCGCCUCAUAUUUCAAGUCUGUUCUUUCCUGCUUUGAAUGUCAACGUUGCUUGAAUUUGAAUAUUCUCUUCAGUGCCCACUCUUAUCUGAAAUGAUCUUUUGACACUCGACGUGUGAUUUUUCUGGAGUUUUCCUCGGCGCGUUCCACCAGACACGUGACUUUCACUUCAGCGCGACCUCCAUCACUUUACCAGAAGCCACAUCAGCUAGAGUGACAUAGAUGUCGGUGAGUUUGCGUGUCAGCGAGGAGGGAGGGAGUGUGAAAGAGAAGGAGGGGGAAAAAAAGAGAGAAGUCAUUAAGAAGUGCAGCACCAGACGCUGCUCAGCUCCUGUCACCGACACACACACACACACACACACUCUCUCUCUCUCUCGCUCCAGCUCGCGCUCACCAACCCCGAGCAGAAGUGGACAACGAUCCGCAGUUUCAGCCGUCGAGGUCGGCGAUGGCUCAGGGCUCCGACAGCAACGACACGAGUUACAAGUCGCCUUCACCUGGAAGCAGAGCGAGCUCCUCGGAUGACAUGAAGAAGGUGAUGAGGAGGGAGAAGAACAGAAUCGCCGCCCAGAGGAGCAGGAUGAAGCAGACUCUGAAAGCCGACAGUCUUCACAUGGAAAGCGAAAACCUGGAGAAGGAGAAUGAAGCUCUGAGGAAGGAGGUGAAGCAGCUGACGGAGGAGGCCAAAUGCCUGUCGUCCGUGCUGAGCAACCACGAACCUCUGUGCACUGGUCUGAACCCCCAGACCCCAGACCUCCUCUACCCCGCCCACCACAGCAACUACCACCACCAGCACAUCUCUCUCCCACACUACCAGCACUGACCAGACCGACCGCUCGGCCGACCACAGACAACAGACCUCAGUGUUUAUGACUGGACACCAAUGCCGACAGUACUGAAAGCCAUCUAUGCCAGCAAGCACCCGAAAUCCACAGCUCUUUAUUUUGCUUCUGCUCCUCAGCUAAGUGAAGUUAAAGUCACCAGUGAACUCUAGUGCUGCAAAUCAGGUGGAAGACCUUUCUCUCCCGCUCCUUUAUCGAGGGACACAAACAAGCUUAAGUGUUGCUCCAGGUCCUAAAGUCCAAAAACACAACGGAGAAACCACUAAAAUACUCUCUUUACAUCUCUGUUCUCAUCAUUUCCAUUCGCCGAUGUCCUACACUGAAAUUUCAACGUCCAAAAAUGUUCUCAUUUUUUUCAAAGGUCUAGUAUGCGCUUCAUUUUUUAACUUCAUGGUGCCAUUUCUCAGAAGUAUUUUUAUGGCUCAAAAGUGUAUUUAUGUCCUAUUUUUUUUGUUAAUUAAAUUAAGAAAAAAAGAAACUAAGGUGUCACAAAAACAUGUGUCUUUAAGUGGUGAAUUUGUCCUAAUAAUUCAUCAUAAAAAUAAGUGAAUUGCAGUUGUUAAAUAUUGUUAUUUUUAGUUACAAGUGCCCCUCACUCGAACUUGUGGUUCCGUGCGGGGUCCCGUAGUUUGCAGCUGAUCAAUACCAGGCGAUGGCUUGUUAUUUUGCUUGUAUUCGUGGCGCUAUUUGAAUAUUCCACUUCUUGGAAUUGUAUUCGUAAAAUUCUGAUUAGUUUUGUGAGUGAAAUGCUGUGUUUUCCUUUUGUAAAUGGAGCAUAUUUUUUUUUAAAAAAGAAGAUGAUUCCACCAAUUUUCCACCUCAUAUUGGUUGCUGGAGUAACUGCAGGAGCAAAGAGGCCCAGACUUCCUCAGGAGCAUCCUUUACACUGUUAAAAAUAAAAUAUAUUUUUGUAUAAUUUGCUUCGCUUUAAAAACAAACAAAUCUACAUGACAAAAUAUGGAGGUUUUAUUGACAAUAGCAUGUUAUAAAAGCAUGUUUUCAAGCGACGGUUCCUAUCUUAAAAGUAUUUUCAUAAGUAUUGCUCACUUUAAAUCCUUGGUUCCAUGUCACUCGUAGGAGGGCCGAGCCAGGAGUUGUGACAAGGGCAAAACUGAAUUCCAGUCUUUGUUUACAAGAAAGAGCUUACCAGCGCUGAUGAGUCGUCUCAGGUGAUACAGUUAUUUUGCUCAUUCGAUGUGUCAUAUCAUUGUCAUCUAUUACAGUUUAUGUGAUUUCUAUUUUUUCUGAUUGAAUAAUGCUCAGGAGACUUUGACCGAGUUGAAUGUAAAGUUUGUACCAAAGUGUGACGCACAACCGAUGGUACUGGAUUGUGGGCAUUUUAAGGUUCCAGACAUUGUAUUUAUUAAAUGUGCUGCCAUUUGACCUUUCAUUUGUUUCUCCCUCUCAUUUUUUAAAAAUAUAAAAACAAUUGACGACCAAUGUAUUUGGUCAAUCUCAAUAAAAAGUAACACA